UGCCCUCCCCCCCCCCCCCUCUAAUCCUGUAGAUUACCACUGCACAACCCUGAUGGCUGCGAGCGCUUCGUUUGUGCUGCACAGCUUCUUUACAUUGAUCCUUUUUUGGUUGCCGUUGCAUUGCUGAAUGAAGUCGACAAAGAUGGAUAGAGGCUGUUAGGAGAAGGGGUCAAAGUGCGACGGUGGGUUUUGCACAGCUGCAGGUGGAACCUUGUUUCAAAAGUUAAAGAUGAAGGUUUAAUUUAGGGAUGCAUUCUGCGAUGGAUUUACUGAAGCACAGCGUGGAUUACUGGAAAUGUGACAUUGUGAUGAUGUUCUUUUGUUGAAACAAAGUGUAGGUGUGUGAGGGAGAACAACUUACUUGUGUCUCAGUGAAUCAGCUGAGCAAAGAGGAUCAUCUGUUUUUGGGGACUAAGGCAGAUGGUGUUCAAGGCUCUGUAGAGAAAUGGAGACAUGUUGCACAGAGGACCGUGUAGAACCCGAGGUAAGAGAGACCACUUCUAAACUUUCUGAUGGUGACUCUUUGAACGAGCUGCCAGGCGAGAAACCUUGUGGGAAAGAGCAGCUCGAUGCUAAUGUUUGUGCAGAGCAAAGCAAAGGCACUGAGAUAAAAAGCUCAGCUCAUUCUGAGCAGGAGGGCAGAAAGACAGAAUGCAAGGAGCGAAGGAAACCGAAGGAAACAAACAGCUGGAAGAUGGUGCGGUUUCAAGACCCUUCGACUGAAGAUGACGUGUCGGAGUGGGACAGCUCGGCAGAGAUUCUCUUCCCAGAAUAUGCCAUAAAGGAGUGGACGACUACUUCCUUUGAGGAGCUGUUUGCAGCUGAAGAUUGGAAGAACAUCACAGAGGACCGGUUAUUGAGGAAAAAAGUGCUCGAACCUGGUGAUGCACAAGUCCCGCUGCCAUCUUGGGGUCAGGAGGUCACCGUGAGGCUGCAAGGCGUUCUCGAGGAUCGCACUGUGGUGGAGAAGGACUGCAAGCUAGUCUUUGUGAUUGGAGAGAGCGAUGUUAUUCAGGCUCUGGAGGAGUGUGUCAUGUCCAUGCAGAAGGGUGAGAUCGCAUUACUGCUGGCGGACUCUCAGUAUGCCUACCAACUUCUGGGAAGAGAGCCUGAUAUCCCUGCUUGGGCUCCUUUACUCUACCAGCUACAGCUGCUGGAUGUCAGAGAGAAACCCGACCCGUUAACGCUGCCCAUCGCUGACCGCAUCCGCAUCGGCAACCAGAAGCGAGAGCGUGGAAACUUUCACUACCAGAGGGAGGAGUACAGCCUGGCUGCCAAAGCUUACUGCGUGGCCCUGGAGGUGCUAACCACACGCGGCGCAGAUGGCAGCGACGUCGGCGGGAGAGCAGAGGAGGAAGAGGUGCGGGAAUACCGAGUGAAGUGCUUUAACAACCUGGCCACCGCUCAGCUCAAACUGGAGCAGUUCGACGAGGCGCUGCGCACCAGCAGGAACGUCCUGACCCUCGAGCCAAACAAUGUCAAGGCCCUUUUCAGGACGGGAAAGCUGCUGUCAGAUAAGGGUGAAUACAAAGAGGCGAUGGAGGUGCUAAAGAAGGCCUUGAAACUGGAGCCGACCACCAAGGCGAUCCACGCAGAGUUAUCCAAACUUGUCCAAAGACAAUCAGGAAGCAACGACGCCCAGCAGUGGAAAGCCAAACCUGCAGCGAUGCUCGGAGACGAUAUCACACCGUUCCUGAUUCCUUCCAAGAAGAAAACAUCUGGAAUUUCCUGGAAGUUCAUCCUGGGAGCUCUGCUGGUGGCUCUGGGCAGCUUAGUGGCGUCGCUGAUUCUGACUGCAAGAAACUGAAAAUCCUCCACGGGAAGGAAAACCCCGUCGGGACAUACGGGAGCAGGUCGGUCUCUGUUCCACCUCGGACCAGAGAACAGCAGCACCUGGCGUCCGUACUCGUGUUUGUGAGAGUUUCAACAAAAAGUGGAUCGAAGAGUCGAGUGAAAUCCUAAUCAAUGAAGCCAGCACGAGUUUCUGAAAGUUUUUUUUUCUCAGUUCCUUUUAUUUGGGUAAUUUUUAAUGACUCUAAAAAUGUUCUGACAUCACAGAUGCAGAGGCAGUAAGAAGAAAAUCUACUUGAAAAAAUUAAACUGGUACAUG